AUGAUCUUAGUCAACCUGGAUACCUUCCAAAUCCAGGACCCAAGCGCUCCCGUUUUCUUGAAUAAACAGUUCCAAUUCACCAAUUUCGAUAUCACCAUCGGCAUUGGCCAGACAAACGAGCGUUUGAGAUUCAUGCUGGAAGAAAACACCGAUCUGUCACCGUUGCAUACUUCGAUUCAAUACUUGGACUCAAAUGGGCUGUCAUAUGGAGCAAAUCAAUUUUCCAGCUCGUAUCCUCUCAUGGCGAGAGGUUCAGUACUGAUACAAGAUUCGUUGGAUCAAACCUGGGCGGAUAUCGGUUGGGCACGCAUCGCUGUGAUUGAGCAGAGAGAUAGCCCAUUAUUCGAUGGUGUAUUCACUAUUGGGUCCGUCACCUAUGAGAUACACCUGGAGAGCAGCAAUGAAGAGCCGACACGGAUGGUGGCACACCAAAUCGAGCAAGGCAAUUCACUGGACGAUCCACCAUCGCUGCGCUCAACAUGUGCUUCACCAUCGCACAAUGUAAUGCAAGGCAAGCGGCAGGAGUGGAAUGCCUGGGGGGACGACUUGACACAAUCUAUCGGGAGUACUGAUGGGUGUCCGCGCACCAGGCAGGUCGCCUAUAUAGGGGUAGCGACUGAUUGCGCUUACACCGCUAGCUUCAAUUCGACGGAUGAUGCCCAUCACCACAUCUUGAACGUGAUCAAUACCGCGUCAGUGGUAUUCGAGAACAGUUUCAACGUCUCGAUUGGCAUUCAGAAUCUGACCAUCAGCGAUGCUGAAUGCCCGAGCUCUGUCUUAGGGACAACAGCGUGGAAUGCAGCCUGUUCCGAGGGAGACUUGAAUUGGCGUCUCCAAAGGUUUUCCUCUUGA